AUGGAGAAAGAGCGAGAGCGUGUAGCGAAGCAAAUAGACACCGCCUUCCAAAACGCAGGCUUCGUCUACCUCACAGGCCAUGGUGUGAGCGCGGAUAUGGUUCGGGAGGCGUUCACAUGGUCUAAGACCUUCUUCGCCCUGCCCCCCGCAACUAAGAUGCUCGCCCCCCACCCCCCAGGCGGCACUCACCACCGCGGCUACUCCUCCCCCGGCCUCGAAAAAGUCUCCCAGCACACGUACUCCGACGUCGAGAUUGAGAAAGAGCGCCAGGUGCCAGAUUAUAAGGAAUCCUUCGAGAGCGGCAAUGUGAACGAUAUCGCGCAACCGAAUAUCUGGCUCCCGGAACAGGAGUUACCGGGUUUUAGGCCGUUUAUGGAAGAGUACUUCACGGUGUGCGCGGGGCUGGUGCAUCGCGUGCUGCACGCGCUGAGUCUUGCGCUUGAUGUCCCAGCGCCGGGGCUGGGGAGUACGCAUGCGGAGAGUCUGUUCCAGCUCCGACUCCUGCACUAUCCCGCCAUGCCGGCAGAGGAACUACGCGACCACACGCGUGCGAGGAUAAACGCGCAUUCAGACUUCGGCACGCUGACGCUGCUUUUCCAAGACGCGGUUGGGGGGCUCGAGAUCGAAGAUCCACAUGCACCGGGUGUGUUUCGCGCCGUGCCGCCGGUGGAGGACGCGGUGCUGGUUAAUGUGGGGGAUUUGUUGGCACGGUGGAGUAACGAUCGGUGGAGGAGUAGUGUGCAUCGGGUUGGGCUGCCGGGGGAGGGGGGUGGCGAGAUGGUGCCGGAGAGGUAUUCUAUCCCGUUUUUUGCGACGGCUGAUAUGGAUACUGUUAUUGAUGCGUUGCCCGGGUGCUGGGAUGAGGCGGAUCCAGAGUCGAAGAAGUAUGAGCCGGUUACGGCGUGGGGGUAUGUCCAGAUGCGUAUGGCGGCGCUGUAUGAGGGGUGA